AGAAAUGUUUAUUUUGUGAUUCUGUUUAUUGGUGCAGAAAUAACAAAAUUCAGUUUUAAGUUAUUAACUGACGUACCCUUAAAAUCUUGCUUGACAGCAAUGGUCACCAUUCACCUUCAUUGUAUGGAAAAGAGCACCUUGGACUUUCUGCUAUACGUAACUCCUUUUAUGUUCCACUGAAGAAAGUAAUAUGUGAUUCCAACAUGAGGGUCAGUAAAUGAUGACUUUGAUUUACUACCCCUUUACAUUUCUGCAUGCUGUGUUCACAGAAAAUAUAUGCUACAGGUUCAAGAGCAAUACCAUCAUUCAGAGUUGAAUGAGACAGCAGCAGAAGUGUUCUCCAGAGAACCAUUCAUCAUAUAGACAAGGACGGAGCCAAGAGUUUUUCAAAGGGGUGGCCAGGCAGGGGCAAGCGAUCAGUCUGUGGUGGCACAGAAAUGUUCGGGCAGCAUUUUUAUAUUGUCAGACUGUGGAGGCAGUGGGGGCUAAUGACACUACAAUGACACCCAGGACAGAGAUGUUUGGCGAACUUGUGGUGAAGAACAUCCUCAUUGGUCAGCAUACCUGUCCUAAGAAUGCAAUGAAAGAAAUUGAGGCACUCUACAAGGUUUUCCAAGCAGUCAGGAAAAAAUGGAAAAUUGAGAAUGUGAUGUUUCUGGGCAACCUGAAUGCAGCUUGCAACUAUGUUACCAAUAAAGCACUGAAAAACCUGUGUCUCAGGAGUGACCCAAAGUUCCACUGGUUGAUUAGAGACGAACAGGACACUUCAGUCCAUAACAGAACACACUGCACUUAUGACAGGAUUAUUAUUCAUGGCAAAGAACUCAUUUCUGGAACAGUUCCAGAAUCUGCUCAGCUGUUCAACUUUAAACAAGAGCUCAGUCUAUCUGAAGAAUAGAGGAUGAUUACAAACGAACCAUCUCUACCUCCUGCGUCACGAACUCUGAACUAUGAAAAUCUGUGAACUGCUUUAUAACGAUAAUGAUUAAGGAAGUACCUGACAUGCUGCUUUACUGGUACUCACACUAUGAUAUGGUACUCUUCUAUGAACUAUGGUACCAACAUCCGUGCAGAACUUUCACUGUUUAAACGACACGUUACUACACUAAUUCAAAGUGCACUUAGUAAGUUUGCUAAUUGCUAAACUUUUACAUAGAAAUAAACAGUAAGAGUUUAGUAGAAUAGUAUUUUUAAAAAAUGAGAUGGGGACUCUAGUCAAAUCAGUUUUAGAGAAAAAAGGUACAAAUGGUCCUCACCAUGUUGAGAUUAUAUGACCAGCCGAACAUUACUCUCUUUUUUCCCCAGAGUGACAAUUUGCACCUAGGUGUAAAUAACACCUGUCACACAACAUGGCUAUUUGCAUCCCAGUAAUCUAUUGGAAAGAGAAUUGUAUGAAAUAUUGCCGUUUACAACAUUGCUUCUGUUGCGUAGGGCGUAAUGCCGGUGAGAUUGUGCCUAUUAGACAUGUGUUCAAUUCCGUGACUGUCAAACUCUUGUUUCUCAUUCUGUUUCCUGUCUCCUCUCUUAACAUUUUUUUUAAUACUACUAAUAAGAAUGAAUAUAAUAAGAAGUUUAAUGUUGUAGUAACCAUGUUUUUGGUGGAAACCACAGAUCUGAUGCUGUUAUCAAUAGUGUUACUACAGUAAUAUGGUGUUCAUAUAGUAACGGUGUUUAAUAUUGUGGUUACUAUGAUUUUACUACAAAAUACUAUGGUGAUGCUAUAGUUACUGUAGUAAAACCAUGGUUCAUUUUUGUAAAGGAAGGUUAGGUUUAAGGGUAGAGGUUGGUAUAAAUUGUAUGUGGUACUCUAUAUAAACACAAUAAAUGUGCUGCAAUGAUGACCCUAUACUGUACUGUAUUUUAUAUGCCGUGCACAUCGUAUCUGCCACUAUUUGCAUCACAGGGCAAACAACAUCUACCAUUAUUUGUACCAGGGUUGGGGUGCAAAUAUUAUUUGCGCUUGGGGUGCAAAUAGCAUCUGCCUUUUAAAUAAAACAUUUUAAUUGGAAACUUUCACUCGUGCAAUAAAAUAAU